UCGCAUUUUGUAUAUUAACGUUAUUUGUACUCGCGCCAGACAUCCGAAAUUGUUUUGUGAAUUCAUCAUGUUGCUCGCAUGCUUUCGUUGUGCGUUACUUCGCGACGAUUUGUCGUCCAAAUUCCUAUGUUCUUUUCUAAUUUAAUUUGUAAAACGUCACUCGCCGGUUUGUUACCAUAGAAAUGUGUUUUGUUGCUUGUUAAUAAUGCCCAUUUAAACUGUGUUUUUGUUAACUGUAAUGUUACGUGAGAAUCCAAUCUAUAUCGUACCAAUCUCAUUACGUUUUACAAAAAUUUCGACGAUACACGUCGAGUUGCUUAUUAAAACAACUUCGUUAUGCUUGAAAACUAUAGCAGGCAACUACUUCUAUACAUAUUAAUCGAAAUAUUUAACACAUUUAUGCAGGAAAAAUAUGUAAGUCGUAAUUAUAUAAAGUCAAUAGUCAAUAUUACAUGACGGUUAAUAGUAUAUGCCAUAUCCGGCAUCUUGAUACACUGGCGUUCAAAUUCAUUUUAAAAACACGUAACUUUUAAUAUAUACAUAUAUAUAUAUAUAUAUAUCUCUCUCUCUUGCCAUUAAAGGACAAAAAUUUCUGUCUAUUCAUUAUCUUUUCUUCAACUUUUAGUAUCAUUGUUUCAUCGAGACAAUUGUGUAUAUUAUAUGCGUAUAUAAUCUUUAUUCGUUUUACACAUACAUACACAUACACACAGUUUUGUCUCUUGAAGAUGCAAUAUAUUUUUAAUAUACAUUUUUCUUGUGUAAAUCUUUGUGAAAUGCGAUAUUUUUGUAACGCUGACGUCUCUACGACAAUUCAGUUAACUGUGGACCUGUGUCUCGGAAAGCGCGACGAUAAGGAAGAAUUUUGAAAUGCUUAAUGCGUAACGAAUCUUCUUCUUAUAGAUAAUUAUAUAUCUUAAGGAGUAAUCACUUUGUGCGCGAUUGCACAAGUACCAAAUUCUUUGCGAGCGGCUCGAUGUCGUAUGUAUGUGAUUACGUGUUACGCUAAAUAUACUUUGAAACACAAAGGAUGUGAGCUAUACAAGUUUCAGGAUGUUAAUCCUUGAAUUCUGCGAAGAUAUGUGUUCACAGUGAUGUGGAAAAGGAUAAUCGAUGUAUUAGCGUUCCUUUUUCCCGAAUUCGCAGUCUAUAAAUAGCUGCUCAAAUCGCGUCAAUACCUUUGCCUUUUCACCUUAAGUACGUGAACCUUCGUUGUCUUCUAAUUAUGUCAGCUGACACAAAAUUUCUACUUCGUGUAGUGUGUAACGCAGACCAACCGAUUGUAUCUUGUACUUAAAUCUGGACCGCGCGGUGUGAUGAUAUUUUAUAUACCUGUUGUAAAGUACGGUCGAAGAGACCGGGUGUCGUCGCUUCAACGAGCGGGCAAAUUAAGACACGCAGACUUUUCUCUUCUGUUCUUUUUUUUUUUACCGCUUAACGGAAACGUCUAUGUUAAUUAUUUCCGCAUUGUACAUAAUGUGUCCUUCAAGUCUUUGACUCAUCCUCUCUUCUUUGGACGAUCGGACGGACAGUUAGCUAUGUGUUCUAAACUUUAGGGAUCUCGACCACGUGUCUAUGUACACACAUAUACAAAGAUACAUAUACACACAUACAAACACACACUUUAAGAUAAAAGUCGGUAUGUUAUUCAGUGUAGCACAAUUGGUUUGCACUGAAUAUCAAUCUUCAUUGUGACGUCCACUAAUGUAAUUUGCAACGAUUGUAAACACGUAAGAUAGAUAUUGGAGAACAAUUGACCCUCUCAAAGGGAAGGUCCGAAACAAACUGCGAAUCGACAUAUCUCGUUAUACCUUAAUAAUGUGCGAGUAUUUAAAUACGUAUAGGUGUAUUCGACUGUAUUUGAGAGGAGCGUUUGCUCGCGAGAGUAUAUUUGUUUUCAUUUGUAAAAGGGAGAUGUUUAAUUCUUGAUUUUUCGUGGUUUGCAAAUGCUUCAGCUUGAUCUUCGGGUUCUAUUUUAACGUUUCGACACCAAAACGUCUCGGAAAUUAAAUUUGGUGUGACGUUCUUCAGGCAGAAGACGUUAUCAAAUAUCUUGAAUCUUGUUGCGUUGUCCGUUAUCGCUUCUUUUAUAUUAAAGCUAACAAUAUAAUUUAUACCGGUACGACAUUACAGAUUUUUGAUGGACACAUUUAAGUAAUCUGUUCCACGAUUUGCGCAACAGUUCUAUUUUCACGAAAAUUUCUUUAAUAUAACGAAGUGGUAUGAUCUCUUAAAUAGGUGUUCAAAAUAUGAUGAGGAAACUGUUCAUUAGCUUCCCCAAACUGUAUAUUCCUCUGCAAAUCAAGGGAGUUGAAGAUGCAAUUUAAAUUCGAAGCCCGAAAUGGUCGGUCAAUUCUUUCUUUUAUUUAAUUUAUUUCUUCUUCUUUUUAGUAAAGAACGCUCUAUCUUACGUGCGUACGACCGUGUGUCUAUCCUCUGUAGAAAUGCCUUAUUAUCACGUGCCUCAAUUAAUAUUUAAACUGUUCACCUGCUUAUACCUAUUACUCGUUAGUCUACGUAACGAAUAUAUAUGUGUAAUAUCGAGUUAUUCUUUGUACUGCUCUUGUAAAUAUAUUCUGAAGAAUUAAUGUCACCCUGUCGUCUAUAUAUACUGUGUACACUGUCUUAUACGUUUCUACCGCUCUUCCACUUUUACCAAAAUGCACAAAUAUGUUUUCCUCUAAAAGAUCGUCUUGCAAAAAGAAACAGCUCGGUUGAAGGGAAAGAAACUCACGCCUGUGAAUUUAUCUGUAUGCUCGUAGCAUAUUUAUUUUUACGUUUAUUGAAAUUUUUAUUUUUAAUCGGGAAGUAUACGAAAACUCGAUAAUUUUCCGUUUUUUUUCUAUUUCUCUUUCUCUUGUCUCUCAAUUUUUUAUCACGCGUAAGACGAUUUGAACGAAAACGAAGCGUUGGUCAAAAGUUUAAGUACGUUACAUUUUGCGAGUUCUCGAUCUUUAUUCUGAAAUCUGUUUCUCCUUUCAGGGAAAAAAUAUAUAUAAAAUAUAUCUAUGUAUUUCUUCUUUUGCUUAUCGAACUAUAUGCAAACAAUGUUUCCUUGAGCCAUUCAGAAAAUCGUGUGGAGUUUGCGUCCAGCCGAAUUCCCAAGUUUUUAAAAUGAUUCUGUUUCAAUAAGGCCGUUGUACUUUUUUCGUUUCUUCGCAAACUGCCCGUGCGUUUUCGUAUCGCAUGCCAAUACGCUAUCCAGUCUCUUUUCCACUUCCAUUCAUUCGCUUUCUCGUGUUGCGUUUCCCCUGCGCAUAAUUACUCUCACACUUUUCGUGCGUCCGUCCUUCAUUGCAAAGACUGACUACCGGCAUGUAGCAAACAUACGAGUUUAUUUCCGCCUUUGUAAUCGCAAUUUUUUCCCCAUUCCAGCACUAGCGGAAACCGGAAGAUAAAACUCUAUCCUCGCGAAUCUCACUUCGGAAAAGAGGAUAGAGACGAGCGCAAACUCGCGUACAAGCGACGAGCUUGUAACUGUAGAUACUGAAGGUGAACGUAAUUAGAAGGGGUUGAGCAAAUCGCACGCGGGACUUUCAAAUUCGAAGAGAUUUUUGCUUUUCACGUUGUCGCCAAGUUUGUCCUCGUUUGAAUUUCGAACUCUCGACCGAUUUAUCGAUCGCGCGAUCGCGAUGUAACGAUCGGGUUUCGUACGUUUUCCUUCUACGCAUGAGAGAUGGCUGCACCGUCGCCACAACACGUUCCGAACAUAACCUGACAUGUGCGUUGCCAAAUGAUAUGUUAUGGACAACACGUAUUCUAGAAUUUAAUCGUAUAACAUAAGUAGAUUUACGUAUGGCAUAUUGUGAUUUUGUAACUACGUAAAAGCCGUAAGCCGUAAUAAAUCUGAUUGUGAAAAUGCCGCCAAAACCAGCGAUGAAUUCUAAACGCAACAGCGGGAGUAACAAGAGUACGUCGGAACCGAAUGUGCCGCCUAGGGCGGUGGAUGCCGGCAACGCGAGCGGUUUGGAUCCAGAAGCGGAGGAUCGUUUUGAAUUGGAGCUGUGCUGGUGCAUACAGCAGUUAGAGGCGAGCCUGGCUGCCGGGAAAUUGCAGAUGAAGCAGGCGCAAGAACUCAGCAGGCAAUUGAACUCGUUGAAAAGUAACACGGCGUCGUUAAUAAGAAAGAGACAGAUAAUGAGGAAUACGUUGGGCGACUACAGAGAGAAGAUGGUUGAGGACGAGCGAAAGUUUGGCAAGACCGUAUCGGCCGUCAAGUUCACUAGUUCUGCCUCGGCGGACAGAAAGUCAAUAUUUGUCAAGAAAGCUACCGGACGUGGUAUACAAGAUUCCAAGAUGGAUGAUAAGAGAACGCAAAAUGUAUUACAGAGCGCAAAGCAAGCUGACGGUGACAGACCUCACACGCCAUUUCGAUUUAAUUUUCAAGCGUGUCAAUAAAAUUAACUUUUAUACUUGUAUAACGUACCAACUUAUUUGCGUAAGACUGUCGCGUCUUUUGGUUGUACGUAGAUAUAUUUCUUGUUGUUUGCAGUUGAAGAAUUGUUUGUUGCUAUUUGAACGUCACGAACAUUCAUAAAGUUUAAUCGUCAGACAUCAAAAUAAAUUUCAUGUAUGUGGAGCGAAAUGGUAUUAAAAAUCUGUUAUAAGUAGAUUUUUUAAUAAUAUUGGAGAGUAAUUUUUGUAAGUUCUAAUUCAAGAUUCUAACGAAUUAAUUUAAGUUUUAAUUAAUAAAAGGUUCUAACAAAUGUGAGUGGAUAAAUGUAGAGGCAAUACAAUGGAGCUUGAUAAAAUAUAUAUAAAGAAUUUUCAUUUGUGCAAUUAUGCAUGUUCGUGAAGUUUAAUCGUAAGACAUAAAAAUAAAUUUCAUGUAUGUGGAGUGAGAUGGUAUUAAAAAUCUGUUAUAAGUAAAA